UGCUGUGAAGAUCCUCAUAGAUCAAGAUUUGUAUGAAGAGCGACUUAAGGAGUUCCUGAGAGAGGUUGCAAUCAUGAUACGUUUGCGACAUCCCAAUGUUGUCCUUUUCAUGGGCGUUGUAACAAAGCGUCCCAACUUGUCAAUUGUGACUGAAUAUUUACCAAGGGGAAGCUUGUAUCGUCUUAUUCAUAGAGCAGGACAAAGGGAGUUACUGGAUGAAAGGCGACGAUUGUGAAUGGCACUAGAUGUGGCCAAGGGAAUAGACUAUUUACAUCGGUAUGACCCUCCUAUUGUUCAUCGAGAUCUGAAGUCUCCUAAUUUAUUGGUUGAAAAGACGUGGAAAGUGAAGGUUUGUGAUUUUGGUUUAUCACGAUUCAAGGCAAAUACAUUCAUCUCUUCCAAAUCUGCAGCGGGAACGCCUGACUGGAUGGCUCCUGAAGUGCUUCGUGAUGAACCAUCCAAUGAGAAAUCUGAUGUCUAUAGUUUUGGUGUAAUUCUUUGGGAACUUGUCACUAUGCAGCAACCGUGGAGUGGCUUAAGUCCAGCUCAGGUUGUUGGAGCUGUUGGUUUUCAAAACAGAAGGCUUGCAAUUCCACCGGAUAUGCUCCCUGAAAUAGCUUCCUUAAUUGAGGCUUGCUGGGCCAAUGACCCAAGAUAGCGACCGAGUGUUUCAAAUAUUAUGGAUUCUUUAAUAGCAUUGCUAAAGCCUUCAGCCGCACAACCUGUUCAUGGUGGGAAGUCAUAACUUUCUUCAAAGG